AUGGCAGCUAAGAUGGGAUCGAAGACAACAUCACUCAAGGACGAUCUCACAGCAGCACUCCCGGAGAACUUUCAAUGCAAAGUACGCCAUUUCCUAUCUGCGAGCGUCAAUCCAUCUGGCGAGGCAACGCCGCGAGAUGUGCUUGUGCUUGGGAUCGAAGUGCUGGUCUACUCGACGAAGCAUCUCACCACCAUCUUCGUCAGCAAGGCGGACUCUACCGGCUUCCUGCAACGACAACGGCCUUCUCCUGUUCAGACCAUCAUCACGACAUUCCUGAGCUGGUUAUCAAACCAGGAACGCCAAAAGCAUCCAAGCCGAAGGAUCGUCAUUUCGUUGUUCGCUCGAGCGCAAUCGCAGUACCUGUUUCCAGGCUCGGCGGAGAAUUCGAAGAAGCAUGUGCUUGACGACCGACAACUCAUUAAGUGGUGGGCUCGAGUCUUGGAUCCCAUCAUUCCCAGCCCAGGCACAGCGAACCCGUCGGAUGACAACCAGGAAGCGAGUCAUGAAGGCUACAUCACCGUCCCUGGCUACGAAGGUGCCGAAGUGCGCCAAUUCAUGCCACCGAGCAAUGGCUCGUCGGGACGGCCACGAUGGAAGUCUGGCAAUCCGCUGCCCGAGCUCGCUCAAGCUCGCCAAAUACAAGACGAUGCACCACCAAGAUGUUUGCUUCCACGCUUCCCCGACGAUCCGAAAGCACGUUUCAUGCAGGAUCUGGACGAUGAGAUUGGAUUGACCGGCGACACAGCAAAUCCAAGCCCGACAAAAAAGCGUAAAAGCGGGAAAUGGAGCUCGAUACGGGAUCUUGAUCGUUUUUGGGAGGCCAUGGAGUUUAGACAGGAGUGUUCAUCCGGGCGGAUGGUCGGCUUCUUAUGGCUGGUAACACGACCGCCACCUUCGAGCCGAGGCGAAAAUGUUGCCAAUGGUGCCAGCCAGGAGUCGAUGUUCGACAGCCAGAACAGCGAAGUCCUUUCUCAGCCGGAAGAAGUGGCAUCAGUGAGCAGAAGUCCCACUAAGCGCCGACGAAAGCCCCUCUCUGGACCGAUCAUACCGCGUCAGCCACGCUUGAAAGGAGGCUCAUCGUCUCUGACUGCAAGCUCAGACCUCUCAGGGAUGCUGGACACUGGUAUAGCCGACGGAGUCGUGCUGCCCAAAGAAGGGUACGCCAAGGCCAUGCAGACACUGCUUCACCUCGAAUUCAACACGCUCGAUGCAGCGGUCACCUCGACGAGCAAAUGGGUGUCUGAGGUGUCUGCCACGGGCGGUUUUCAGGCUGGUUCGUCGAUUGAGGUUCAAGGAACUGCUAAAGUAGCGACUUCUGCGGUCACGAAUGGCGGUAAUGCGCAAGUGAAUGACUUGGGCGGCAUGAUUAGGAAGAAACGCAAGCUAGAAGAUCCUUUUGUCAGUCGGCCGGAGGAAGCGCAGAAAGCACAGCCUGCUGUGAAUGUGCUUGGGGCCGGGAUGAUUAGAAAGAAAACUAAGCCUGUUAGCAGUUGA